AAGUUAAAUAUCAAAAUAGCAAAAAUGUUGAACAAGUAAACAACAUUAUUUUUAUCAUUUCCUACUGCUAAACUUGCUGAAAAAACUUUCGGGGAAAGAAAAAGAAAGUGUAAAUUCAAGGAAUAAAGAUGAAGCCACAAUAUUGCGCGUUCGAUUUGCUGUUGAAUGUUUCUGGUCUGUAUAUUUAUUUGGCGCCAUUUCAUCAUAACAAACUUUAUUGUUGAACAUUGAUAGUAUGUUGUGGAAAAGGUAAUCAAAACAUGAAAAAAGUAUUGUUGCUGGUCAUGACAAAUAUUUCUUUAAUUUAAAGAAGUUUACACAAAGGUUAUAAAAUGCUGUUACUACUAUAGUACGUAUAAAUGUUCUUAGUUAUGUCAAGUCAAAGAUCUAAUUUUUUGUUAUUUACUGUACAUGCAAAACCUACUUAUUUUCACCCCAAACAACCAUUAAAAUUCUGUAAAAACGUUGCCAGGAAAAUAUAUGGAUAUUUAAUUAUAAAAUAUAGUUAUUCAUUUGUUAUUAUAGUAGCUACCUUUUAUUUUUUAGACUUCAUAAGUUUUUCUCUCACUUAAAAUUUAUUUUCUGGGGGCCACAAAAUAAUGUUCGCCUCUCCUUAACCAUUUUUAUGUUAAUGAGACUCAAUUCUAAAAUGAAUUAUGCAGAAAUCUAUGUCAAAUCAAACCACUAGGUCAAGUUAAUGUGUUAAAAAAUAGUGAGUUAAUUAAAAGUGCUUUAAAAUAUUUAUGUUUUUCAUAUAUACGUGUGAAAACAACUUUAAUAUACAGAUUCUUAUAGAAUUUAAACUUAAUGUUAUUAAUUCAUGAUAAAAGAGAGACGUAUCAAACAUAACUGUCGAGAUGUUGGUAAGGUGGGUGAAAAAUUGUAUUAGUUUUUUUAUCUCUAAAAUAUAUGCAAUAAUUUUCUUUAUCGUUACCAUUUUGUUGCGACGAGAACGAUGAAAUAAAGGUGACACUUGGUUUCAAUUUGUUAUUACUUCUCACUCAUCCUUGCUGAACAAUUUUUACUCGCCAUCAAAUAAGUCAUUGACCCGUGGAAAAUAUUACGGGAUUUCUCUCAUUGCUACUGCAAUCGUGGUGAAACUGUUGAAACGAAGGCAGUUUUUUCCUCAUUAUUCAAAUUUGAACAAAACUGUCAAUCAGUAAUGCUCUGCAGCCGGCAGUUUGCAAAGUCGCGACUUUUGUACACACGUAGGCCAAGAAGACAGCGUUAAAGAGUUGCUAGUCACAUUAUUCAGCACACUCGCAAUCUGAAAUACUUCAUGUCGGGGACCACGAAGUCCUCGAAAUUCGUGAAUAAUGGCGUUGCUGACGUCAGCAACAAUUAGCACAUUUCAAGAAUUUGGACUUUACCGAAUAACCUAAGAUCCGUUGACAAGUGAACUUUGAUAAGUUCAAAAUGUGCGAAUCGAAUAUAGAAAUAGCCUACGCAAUUACUUGUGGUGGCGAACUUCGAAAUUAGCUGUCUUGCCUUGCCGCUUCUAUCUUAAAAUGGCUAAUAACACAACCUUUCACACAAUUCUAAACGUAACAUUAGCUUCCUGAUUAUUAGCUUGAUGCAGUACAAUAGGAUUUUUCUUUUUUUUAGAGUGACAUUAUCGAUGUUGUUUGUUUUGUUUUGGUGUUACCUCUCACUUGGAUACAUCACACGUCUGCAUUGUCGUCGCCAUGGAAAUUUCUCCAUCAUUAAGUCAGAUACAAGGUUUAGUGGUACAGUGGAAAAAUCUUUGGAAGGUGUGACAAGAUCUGAAUGUGUUUUAUCGUGUUUAACAUGCGGUUGCUCGUUUAUAAAUUACCAUCCAACGAAUCUUGCGUGCGAGUUAAUGAAUGCUCAAGGAAACGAAUCAAAUGAAGCUGGUUGGCAAUUUUUGUCAACAAAUUACGGAACAAGGAAUAGAGGACCAAUCUGUCGAUCAUUUAGUCCAUGUGAAAUUACAGAAGCUUGUGUUGAUACUUGCUUUGAAGACGAUCAAGUAGGCUACAAGUGCAUACCACACCAAUUCAAACAGCAUGCACAUUCCUCUGCUAGUGGAUCUCCACUUAAUCCUGAUUAUCCCGUAGACAAUUUAAGAAUUGCUGGGAUAUUCGUACAAACUCUCGCUAGUCCAGAUGGCAACAUUAUCUUAGAUUUAGGCUCAAUAAAGUUUAUUCGUUUCAUCAGAACCUAUUUCCACAUGGCAACACCACAUCUUCAAAUUAGUAUUGGAAACCUUAAUUCCAGAGAUGGAAAUGUCUUUUGUUCGAGAGUAUCGCAAGUGAUUGGUGUAGAUCUUGUUGUGGAAUGCAGCUCAUAUCUAUCCGGUCGUUACAUCGUACUCUACCAUGCGGCGGGUAGUGCACAACAGUUGAGUGUUUAUUACAUCGUUGCCUAUAUUGAUGCAUAAAAAAAAUAAAACGUUGAUCUUCGAUGUUUACUCGAAUUCAGUGACUCUUGAUUGUUUCGUCAGAUUACUAAUUAUCGAAUUCGAGACCUUUGUUUUUUUCUUUCAUUUUGAUUCACUAAGAUUUAUACCUUACAAACUAUUUCUAAUACUUUAAUAUUAGUCGCACUUUUAAAAUCAUGUCAUUGUCGAGAAAACGGACUCAAAACAACGACAUUUCUUUUCAUUUUUCUUCGUCUUUUUAUUUCAUAAAUAAGCAAAUGCGGACUCAAUGUACAUAG